AUGAGGGGCUUCCGCUCUGCGCUGUGUCGCGCGGCUGCGCGGACGCGGGCGGAGCUGCAGGGCGCGCGGGGCAGCCGCCUGUCCCACUCCGCCGCGGCGCCCGCGAGGCCGUCCUUCGGCAUCGCCUUCGACAUCGACGGGGUCAUCCUGCGCGGCCGUAGCCCCAUCGGAGGCUCGCCGCAGGCCAUCCGACGCCUCUACGCCGACGACGGUACCCUGAAGAUUCCGUUUCUCUUCUUAACCAACGGAGGUGGUGUUCCAGAGUAUAAAAGAGCUCUGGAGUUAAGUGAGCUUUUGGGAGUUAACAUCUCUCCAUCUCAGGUUGUUCAUGGCCAUUCUCCUUACAGAGAGCUGUUGAAGCGUUUUGAAGAUGAUCCUAUUGUUGCUGUUGGAAAAGGUGAACCUGCAGCAGUGAUGGCUGAGUAUGGGUUUAGAAAGGUUCUAUCUAUAGAUGAUUAUGCAUCUUAUUUUAGAGAAAUUGACCCCCUAGCUCCUUUCAAGAAAUGGAAUGUGGGACAAUCAAACUGUCAAAACUUAAUGUCUGAGAAAAUGCACCCACCAUAUGAUGUUCACUCGGAGAGAGUUAAAGGAGUGUUUGUUGUCAGUGACCCUGUUGAUUGGGGUAGAGAUCUGCAGGUACUUUGCGACAUCUUAUCAACUGGUGGACUUCCUGGAAAUGGAAAAGGAGAUCAACCUCCUUUGUAUUUUGCAGCUGAUGAUCUUGAAUAUCAGGCUGCAUUUCCUUCAGAGCGGCUUGGGAUGGGUGCCUUCAGGAUUGCACUCGAAAGCAUCUUCAAUCAAGUUAAUGAUCUUCCAUUGAAGUAUACAUCUUAUGGGAAGCCUAAUCCAUUUGUGUUCAAGAAUGCAGCUAACAUACUAGAAAAACUUGUCAUGGGUAUCUAUCCAAACUCACAGUCAGCAAAGGAAGUAAAAGACCAUCAGCUCUCUACUAUCUACAUGAUUGGUGAUAAUCCUAAAGUUGAUAUUUGUGGAGUUUUGAAGGCUGGGCCUCCGUGGUCGUCCAUCCUUACUAGGACUGGUGUUUUUAGGGGAACUGAUAAUGAUCCAAAGUUUCCUGCUGAUUUGGUUGUUGAUACUGUGGAUGAUGCCGUUAGCUGUAUUUUGGAAAAAGAAUGUAUUCGGUGA